CAAAGAAGAUACCAAGUAUAAAAACAUUUCUUUGCGGGGCUUAAUUACUACUUUGUUAAUUCGUAUCUCUGUACGCUAAAUAUUUCUAGCUGCAUCAAAGUUAUUGCACUGGUACGCUGUAACCAUGUUUCGAUCAGAAAUUGUAAAAGCAGCGCGUUAUGCGCCUGCCUUGGCGAUUUUAAUCGUCUUCGCAACUUGGUAUAAUGGUGCUAUUUUCAUCUCCGGCCGCGACGCGGCUGCUUAUGGCUAUCCCUUCCUCGUCUCCGUACAGCGAUGGAACGACACGACUGCAUCGUGGAUUCACACUGGUUCCGGAAUACUGGUCAAUGGAAAGAGAGUAAUAACGGCAGCGCAUAUCUGUGCCGCAUUCAGAGAGUAUAACGACAUAAUCCGCUGUUCGAUGGGACGCCACAACUUAGAUGAGGAGGAACAAAGCGCAGUGCAUAUCAACAUAUCUUCAUAUCACUGCCAUGACGAAUAUAAUCGAAUGGCCUGUGAACACGAUAUCUGCCUCUGGAACCUAGCAGAGGAAAUAUCCAAAUUCACUCCCUGGAUGAUGCCGGCACCGUUCAGUUUUGCGCACAGCCCGCCGUUUCCUGAAGCCUGUAGGCUGCCGGGAUGGGGCUCUUCGCUAGGGCAUAAUGGAACGCCCUCGCCGAUCCUACAAGAAGGCCAAAUUUUUCCUCUAACACCAUUCGAGUGCAAAACGCUUGAUCCAGGAAUCUUUGAAUUCAACUGGUGCGCCUAUGGCCAAGAGUUUCCAGGUCCCGGGGACAGUGGCAGCCCCCUCAUUUGUCGCUCGGUCCCUGUGGUCCAAGGAUCAAGUGGUUGCAAUACAUUCGUGCGGGACGUCACUGUUUCCAGGGAGAAAGCGCUUUUCCUAAUACCUGAACCUGGCCCAUUACCGGCGUUUCAUUACUACUGACCCUGUACCGAAUCAGUGUCGUGUCGACUUAACAAGUUAUACAAGUAAUUAGUGCAGUUGUUACUGUAACUGUUCAUCAUCAGAAUCAUCAGAACAGCUCCAAAUUUUUAAACACUUACUUCUUUUUGUGGUAUCUUGAAAAAUGAGUACGGUUGAGCGACCAGUAAACCAAAUAGUUAGCAUGUGUUAGGUUUUUUCUGAGCAGUCAUUAAUCAUUUUUGGAUGU